AUGCUUCAUCCUUGUUUGUUUACCAUCAUCAGCGAAACCACACACGAUUUCAGAAAACGUCGUCAUAUUGCAGGUUCUACUCAGCUCUGCGAUAUUUGUGGGCCCACGUCGUUCAACACUUCCGCCAACGUGUGUCUACCUACCUCAGUUCCUCCAUCAAUAACCCCUCCGGCUGGCUACUUGGCGGCUCUUAUAUUACUUACCAGAAUGAGAAUCCUACAAGAAGGUUCGACGCCAAGUUCAACUGAUAGUCCUACUAUCGACAAGUACACUGAUAUCAUUGGUUACGUGGUGACGGAAGCUGAACUAACGGACAACGAGCGACAACAAAGUGGUGGAGUAUUUGUUGAACGACCUGCAAGCCAUCACACAAGCAAAACUCUGGCCGUCGCUAUCAUUCAGUUUUACCUAUUAGUACAAUCAUAUAGCGUGGAAUCAGAAAACAAGGAGGAUGUGUUUAAAAUUACUCUCAUGUGUAUUCAGGUGCAGCUUGGGGCUUUCCAUUCGAAACUUGAGCAAGUUCGAGGUCAAGUUCACAAGGAUGAAACCAAGGAAAUAGAAGUACCUUACCAAAAAAGAGAAUAUCCAGUGGCUGUGCUGGGAAUUGAACUCAGCACAUCUGACAUGCGACGCGAGCGUGUUACCGCUACUCCACCAGUGGACGUCGGACUCAUCCCGACUUUUGCGUUUGAAAAGGUGAACUUGUUUGCGCUUGAGUAA